AUGCCUUACGAAAUUGAGGAAAUCAAGGACUUUCUGCUCACAGCUAGGCAAAAGGAUGCCAAAUCUGUCAAGAUCAAGAAACAUAAGGAUUAUAUGAAGUUAAAAGUUUGAUGCAGCAAAUACUUUCAUAUUGUCCUCAUAGACAAAGAGAAGCCAGAGGAACUUAAGCCAGCCCUUCAUCCGGGUGUGGCAGGGAAAGCUGAAAUGAACCCGGGAAUCCGUCACUCCUCUGAAUUAUGUGCUGCUCAGGACUGA